AAAUUCAGCUGCCGAACAAUUGACCAAUCAAUCUCACGGUCCCCUUUAACGCUGUUAGGGUUUCGGCUAUAUUGAAAAUCGUCGAUAGCCAUCGAAUAUUCGAACGCCAUAACACACCGCCCAUAUCCUUCCAGACCCUUGCUUCUAUCGGCUGCGGGCGCGGCGCUUCUUCUACCGGCGUUAAACCCUCCUGCUUCACUCAUGGACGAGCAUCAAAAUGCCACCGAAUUGGAACGCCUGCCCGACGGAGAUGCUAACGAUGUUGACAGAACCUCUCCUGACGUGAAUUUCGAUACCUCUCAUCCUCACACCGGUGAUGGAGCUAGUCCUGGUAAAAUAUUUAUUGGAGGUCUUGCUCGAGAAACAACUUCUGCUCAAUUUAUCAAGCAUUUUGGUAAAUAUGGAGAGAUUACAGACUCUGUGAUAAUGAAGGACCGGAAAACAGGGCAGCCUCGUGGGUUCGGGUUUGUGACAUAUGCUGACCCAUCAGUGGUUGAUAGAGUCAUUGAGGACACUCACGUUAUUCAUGGAAAGCAAGUAGAAAUAAAGAGGACUAUACCAAGAGGAGCUAACUCCAAAGAUUUUAAGACUAAGAAGAUUUUUGUUGGUGGGAUUCCAACAACUGUUGGUGAAGAUGAAUUCAGGGACUUCUUUUCAAACUUUGGAGAGGUGAAGGAGCAACAGAUUAUGAGGGAUCAUUCUAGUGGUCGGUCUCGUGGAUUUGGAUUUAUCACGUUUGAGUCUGAACAGUCUGUUGAUGAUCUCUUAGCUAAUGGUAACCGGCUUGAUUUUGCUGGAACUCAGGUUGAGAUCAAGAAGGCAGAGCCUAAGAAGCCUAAUCUUCCACCGCCUCCAUCCAGGCGUCAAACUAAUUCUAGAGCUGCAUUUGGUGGAGGAUAUGGUGAGACUUAUGGAGGAUAUCGUGGUGGUGGAUUUGGUGGCAGUGGUUUUGGUUCCGAUUCUUAUAGAUCGGGUGGAGCAUAUGGAGGUAGAGCUAGUGGAUACGGUGGAUAUGGUGGAGGUGAAUUUGGUGCAUAUGGAGGAUAUAGUGCCGGUAGUUAUGGAGGUCUAAGGGCAGACCCCUCAUUAGGAUACUCUAGUCGUUUUGGGGGUGGCUUUGGUAGAGGUUAUGAUCUAGGCGGUGAUUACGCUGGGCCAGGUGAUAGUUAUGCUGGCUAUGGUGGUGGUGGUGGUGCUGCUGGUUUUGGAGGUGGCUAUGGAGGUGGUUAUGAUGCUGGUUUUGGUGGCGGCUAUGGAGGCGGUAGUGGAGGUGGUGCACUUUAUGGAAGUAGAGGCGGCUAUGGUGGUGCUGGGAGUGGAAGGUACCAUCCUUAUGGAAGAUAAAGCAGAAUUUAAAUGUUAAAAGAGUAAAAUCAUUUUUAGUUUUAGAGUCAUCAGAAAACCUUGUCCAAGGAUAUAAGAUGCUUAUUAUUUGUUCAAAUAGGAUUCCCUGUUCUCAUUUCUGAACUGUUAUGUAUGAAGAUUUGAUGGUUGCUUCCAGCCCUUUGUUUUAUUGGGAAGAAGUGAACCUGAUUCUUGGAUGGUUAGUUUAUCAGUCAUUAGAUUUA